AUGCCCGCCGACUAUGAGUCUACCGCACGGGCUUUAUCCCUCCCAGUAUCCCCUGCCGAAAACCCCUCUCCCUCCGAUGACGAUAUUCAUCCGCCAUGGAGCCAUCUAACAUCCGGGAGGCGGAAUGCUAAUCGUCCGAUCGGGAACCCAGUUACCUUUCGCGACCAGAUUAUCCAUCGUGCCACGUCGAUGACACGACGCAUCGAUUCAGCAUGGCGAAAAUUGACCCCGUGGCAGAGAGUGGGAGCCGUGGCAGCUGCUUUGGGGGCCAUUGCGCUUGGCAUGGGAUUCAUGAUUUUUACGGGCCAGGUCUUCAUUUGGGUGGCGCCAGUAGCUGAGAAAUGGGAACACUCGGUCUUGGUGUUCUUUAUUCUUUGGCUCUGUGUCUUCUUCGUUUCGUUCCCGCCUUUGGUGGGAUGGUCGACUUUUGGCACUGUUGCUGGGUAUAUCUUUGGGGUAUGGAAAGGAUGGUUCCUCUACGCCAGUGCGACCGUGCUGGGGUCAAUCUGCUCCUUCUAUGUAUCCCGAACGAUCCUGUCUAAAUUCGUCAAUCGUUUAAUGGAACGUGACAAGAGAUUCGCGGCCCUUGCCUUGACACUCAAGUAUGACGGGCUCAAACUGCUUUGCAUGAUCCGACUCUGCCCACUGCCAUACUCGAUAUGCAACGGUGCCGUUUCAACGUUCCCUACCGUCCAUCCAUUGACCUAUGGACUGGCAACGGCAAUAAUUUCGCCAAAGUUGCUGGUGGCGGCCUUUAUCGGCAGCCGGCUACGUAUUUUGACUGAAAAGAAUGAAGAGAUGAGCACUGGCUCCAAAGCCGUGAACAUCUGUAGUAUCAUUGUUACAGUCUGCAUUGGAGCUUUUACAGGGUGGUAUAUAUAUAGAAGGACCUUGGCACGAGCUAAAGAGCUCGAAGCAAAAGAGCGGGAGGAUAUUAGACGAUCACAAGCCGGGCAUGCUCGUCACCAUUCCGACAGUGCAUUUUCAGAAGAUCCAGAUGCAAACACAGCUGCUACCACUCUCGCCCGUGAUGAGGAGGAACAGAUUGGAUUCAACGACUUGGAUGACGACAAUGUCGAUCUCGUGAUCGAUGACAGUGAUAAUGAAAAUCCAAGCCGCAAAGCCCGAAGCGAGGGCCCAUACCGGGAUGAGUUCACUGACAACGAUUCGGAUGUUUUCAGGGAUGGCGACGGGACAGACACUGAGAUGCAUAGCCUACAUACUCACAUCCGCAAAGGCCCGGGGUCUUAA